AUGUUAGCUGGACAUGAUACUAGUAACCACCGCAAGGAUGUGCAAAUAAAAGUUCGUGAGGAAAUAUUACGGGUCCUUGGCGAUACUUUAACCCCAACCAUAGAUCAGCAAAGAGAAUUAAAAUAUUUGAACAUGGUUCAUCAAUUACCAAAAAGAGAAAAUUCGGAGACUAUUAAAUUUCGAAAUCAUGUAUUUUUACCGAAAAAACCUAUCUUAAUAAAUAUCUAUGAAAUCCAUCAUUCACCAAAAUACUGGGAGGAUCCUGAAGAAUUUAUUGCUGAAAGAUUUGAGAAUGAAAAUGAUGAAAAACGCGAACAAUAUACUUGGUUGGCAGUGUGA